UUUUUCGAGUCUGUGACGGUUCGGGUAAGCGCCCGGUAAGUCAGUGAUCGUAUAAGUACUUUAUUGUUAUUUUAAAGUAAAGAUAAAUGCUCGUGGUCAAUUAGGGCAAAUCAUUUUUUAACAAGUGAAAACAUCAUGACUUCCAUCCUAAUUUUGGGCAAAGUCAAAUAAAUUUAUCUAAGAAGUCUAGUGGGAUACGAGUGAAUGUUAUUGAAUAAUCAAGUUAUUGGUGAAUUGAUUCGUCAAGCCUGGUUAUGAUAAUAUAGUAGCAGUUUAAUAUUAUUUGUUGAUCGGAAUCUGCGGUACAUACGAAGCAUAUGUUUGGUAGUUCUUAAUUAAAAUGGCUAGCGACAACACAGCAGCCUUGCUACAGAGAACAGAGUCGGUGCCUCGUCCCAAGAUGUCAGGAGGAACGACGGGUCCACUGCUGGUUGCAGUGUUUGCAGCUGUACUGGGCAUGCUUCAGUUCGGCUUCAACACCGGAGUCAUCAACGCGCCGAGGUCGUUCAUAGAGAACUUCAUCAAGGAGAACUAUGAGGUCAACUCGGAAACCAUGUUUGGGGUUAUUGUUAGUAUUUUCGCCAUCGGUGGAAUGAUUGGCUGUCCUCUGGCCAGUUGGGUGGCUGAUACCCGGGGGCGUAAAUUCGCGUUAAUGGUGAAUGCCGCAUUUGGAGUCGUUGGCGCUGUUCUGAUGGGCUUCAGUAAGAUGUCUACAUCACUAGCAAUGCUGAUCAUUGGCAGAUUUCUGAUUGGUAUCAAUUGUGGAUUUGCUACGACCGCUUCGCCGACUUACGUGUCAGAGAUCGCGCCAAUUAGAUUGCGAGGUGCCUUUGGUACUGUUAACCAAUUGGCUGUGGCGCUCGGUUUGACCUUAGGACAGGUUUUGGGUAUUGAUGUGAUUUUGGGGAGCGAUGAAGGUUGGCCCUGGCUCCUGGGACUCGCGAUCGUCCCAUCAACGAUACAAUUCUUCAUGCUGAUCCUGGCUCCGGAGUCGCCUCGCUAUCUUCUUCUCGUUCAAAGAGAUGAAGAACAAACCAGAAAAGUGUUGUCCAAUCUCCGUGGGACUUCCGACAUAAAUGAUGAAAUCAAGGACAUGCACGACGAAGACCACGCCGAGAAACAGGAACAGAAAUUCUCGAUCGCUGAUCUGAUACGCAUCAAGUUCUUACGUACACCUAUGAUCAUUGGUAUAGUGAUGCAUCUCUCUCAGCAGCUGGGAGGCAUAAAUGCGGUGUUGUACUAUUCGUCGUCUAUCUUUAUCAAAACGGGAUUGAGCGACGGGGAUGCAAGAUUGGCGUCGAUAGGUGUUGGGAGUAUGUUGUUCAUAAUGGCCUUAGUGUCUAUACCUUUGAUGGACCGCCUCGGCAGACGGACGCUCCAGCUGGUGGGUCUGGGUGGCAUGACAGUUUUCUCUGUGCUGAUGACGAUAGCUUUCUUUACGUACGAGAACAAUACAACGAUGAGUAUAUUUGCGGUUAUAUUUACGUUGUUGUACGUCGGGUUCUUCGGCGUCGGACCGAGCUCUAUACCUUGGAUGAUCCUGUCCGAGCUGUUCAGCCAGGGCGCUAGGAGUGCCGCUGUUAGUGUUGGCGCCCUCGUCAACUGGUUAGCGAACUUCAUAGUCGGCCUGACCUUUAUACCUCUAUCAGAUGCUUUAGGCAACUUCGUUUUCUUGCCGUUCACUGUAUUAUUGAUAUUCUUCUUUGCGUUCACGUAUUUCAAGUUACCGGAGACCAAAAACAGGACGAUCGAAGAGGUGACAGCUAUAUUUAAGAAGUAACAAAAAUUCGAUAGACUUAAGACACAUUCCCGUAUAAUAAGUACCUAAAAGUAUUGCAAUAAGGUGUAACAAAUAUAGUGAUGGAUGCCGUAAUGUUUUCGUUUUGAAGAUUUUUCACGACACUAAUAUUUAUUCUUCGGGUACGCCUGUCUCCGUAACUUUAUAUUAGGAAGACUGAAAAUCAAUGUACGUUAAUAUAUUUAUACAUAAUUCUAUAAACGAUGUACUUAUCUUUAAAUCAAAUAUAUAUGUAUAUAUAUAUAUUUAACUGUUAGUUAUUUUUUAAAUCAUCUUCAUUGUUUCGUAUGAUCUGUUGUAAAGCAGUGCCUUAGCUUUGUUCGUCUCCCAAUACCGAUGUUGAUAUUAAGUUUUUUCAUAUAUAUAAAGUUAUUUUUUCCGAUCAUUAUCACCGUCCUAGUAUUUUAGUGCCAACACUAUGAUAGUUGAACUAUAUACGAUAGUUUAGCGAUUUGCACAACUAGUACCGAUUAUUAAGGGACACGUGUUAAUUUUUGUGAAAGUUCUAAAAAGGUUAUAAAUACGUGAUUUUGAUGUGAUUUUUUUUUCUUGUCAAUGUAAUUCAAGUUAAUUUCUAACUGGACACCAGUUCGUGUACGUCGUUGCUCAAAUACUUUUAAAUUUUUCACUUUAAAUCUUAUUCUUUACUAUCGAUUCAAAAAAAAUUAUGAAAUAAUAAAUAUUAUAAUCGAAUUAAUUGUUUUUAUUGUAUAUUUUUAUUCACAAUGUAUUUUAUUUCUUAUUCCGUUACCGUUUGUCUUUAUUAAACAUAUAUAAUUCUGUAAGAACGUAAAGUCUAUUUAAGUUAUCGUGUUACAGUUAUAUUUUGCACUAUAUUAUAAGGAAUGUAAAUAAAAUAAUGUAAUACAAGUUAAAUAUAAAAACGAAUUUAAUUAUCUGUUGAUAUUAAACUACUGUAUAGUAUUA